GGGACAGACCCAAGAUGGCCGAGCGCCUGGGUUCCGUUCCUGCCCUCGGUCCUGAGCCUCAUUCAUUGCUACGCUGCUGAGCGGCGCCGCGAGCCAGCCCGAGGGCUGCGGGCUCUGUCCCCGCGGGGCGGCAGGCCGCCAUGGCGACCCUGGAGAAGCUGAUGAAGGCCUUCGAGUCCCUCAAAUCCUUCCAGCAGCAGCAGCAGCAGCAGCAGCAGCAGCCUGCGCCGCCGCCUCAGCCGCCUCAGCCCCCUCAGCCGCCGCCGCAGGCGCCGCCGCCGCCUCAGCCGCCCCCGCCGCCGCCGCCGCCGCCGCCGCCGCCGCCUGGCCCGGCCGCAGCCGAGGAGCCACUGCACCGACCAAAGAAAGAACUCUCAGCCACCAAGAAAGACCGUGUGAAUCAUUGUCUGACAAUAUGUGAAAACAUAGUGGCACAGUCUCUCAGAAAUUCUCCAGAAUUUCAGAAACUUCUGGGCAUCGCUAUGGAACUUUUUCUGCUGUGCAGUGACGACGCGGAGUCAGAUGUCAGGAUGGUGGCUGACGAAUGCCUCAACAAAGUCAUAAAAGCUUUGAUGGAUUCCAAUCUUCCGAGGUUGCAGCUAGAACUCUAUAAGGAAAUUAAAAAGAACGGCGCCGCCCGGAGCCUGCGCGCUGCCCUGUGGAGGUUUGCCGAGCUGGCUCACCUGGUCCGGCCUCAGAAGUGCAGGCCGUACUUGGUGAACCUGUUGCCUUGCCUGACGCGCACGAGCAAGAGACCCGAGGAGUCUGUUCAGGAGACGCUGGCUGCAGCGAUCCCUAAAAUUAUGGCUUCUUUUGGCAACUUUGCGAACGACAAUGAGAUUAAGGUCCUGUUGAAGGCUUUCAUCGCGAACCUGAAGUCCAGCUCCCCGACGGCGCGGCGGACGGCGGCGGGCUCGGCGGUCAGCGUCUGCCAGCACUCCAGGAGGGCGCAGUACUUCUACAGCUGGCUGCUCAGCGUGCUGCUAGGUUUGCUGGCCCCCGUGGAGGGGGAGCACCCCACCCUCCUGAUCCUCGGCGUCCUGCUCGCGCUAAGGUACUUGGUGCCCCUGCUGCAGCAGCAGGUCAAGGACACGAGCCUGAGAGGCAGCUUCGGGGUGACGCGGAAGGAGAUGGAGGUCUCUCCCUCGACGGAGCAGCUCGUCCAGGUGUACGAGCUGACCUUGCACUACACCCAACACCAGGACCACAACGUCGUGACCGGGGCCCUGGAGCUGCUGCAGCAGCUCCUCCGAACCCCGCCGCCCGAGCUCCUGCGCGCGCUGACCACGGCGGGCGGCGUCCGGCAGCUCGCCGCCGCCAAGGAUGAGCCCGGGGGCCGCAGUCGGAGCGGGAGCAUCGUGGAGCUGAUAGCUGGAGGGGGUUCUUCAUGCAGCCCUGUCCUUUCAAGAAAACAAAAAGGGAAAGUGCUCUUUGGAGAAGCGGCGCCCCUGGAGGACGACUCGGAGUCCAGGUCGGAGGACAGCAGCCCCGCCUUCUCAGCCUCAGUCAAGGGUGAGGUCGGAGGUGAGCUGGCUGCCUCUUCUGGGGUCUCCACCCCCGGCUCCACCAGCUCAGCGGCCGACUCUGCGGGUCAUGACAUCAUCACCGAGCAGCCCCGGUCGCAGCACACGCUUCAGACGGACUCAGUGGAUCUGGCCGCCUGUGACUUGACGAGCACCGCCACCGACGGGGACGAGGAGGACAUCCUGAGCCACAGCUCCAGCCAGAUGAGCGCUGUCCCUUCCGACCCCGCCAUGGACCUGAACGACGGGACCCAGGCCUCCUCGCCCAUCAGCGACAGCUCCCAGACCACCACCGAGGGGCCUGAUUCAGCCGUAACCCCUUCCGACAGUUCUGAAAUUGUGUUAGAUGGCACCGAGAGCCAGUACCCAGGGAUGCAGGUGGGGCCGACGCAGGACGAGGAUGAGGACGCUGCUGCCGCUCUUCCUGACGAAGACACAGAGGCUUUCAGAAACUCUUCCAUCGCCCUUCAACAAGCACAUUUGUUGAAAAGCAUGGGCCACAGCAGGCAGGCCUCUGACAGCAGUGUGGAUAAAUUUGUCUCACAAGAAGAAGCUGCCGAGCCAGGGGAUCCAGAGAACAAGCCCUGCCGGAUCAAAGGCGACAUCGGCCAGUCCACUGAUGAAGAUUCCGCCCCUCUUGUCCAUUGUGUCCGCCUUUUGUCUGCUUCAUUUUUACUCACAGGGGAGAAAAAUGCCUUGGUUCCGGACAGGGACGUGCGGGUCAGCGUGAAGGCACUGGCCCUCAGCUGCGUUGGAGCCGCCGUGGCCCUUCAUCCUGAGUCUUUCUUCAGCAAACUCUACAGAGCACCGCUGGACACCGUGGAAUACCCUGAGGAGCAGUACGUGUCAGACGUCUUGAACUACAUCGAGCACGGGGACCCGCAGGUCCGAGGAGCCACAGCCAUCCUCUGCGGGACGCUCGUCUGCUCCGUCCUCCGCCGGUGCCGCUUCCACGUGGCGGCCUGGAUGGGCGCCGUCAGAGCCCGCACAGGAAAUACAUUUUCUCUGGCGGACUGCAUUCCCCUGCUGCAGAAGACUUUGAAGGACGAAUCCUCGGUUACUUGCAAGUUGGCUUGUGCAGCUGUGAGGCUCUGCGUCAUGAGCCUCUGCAGCAGCAGCUACAGCGCGUGGGGCCUGCAGCUCAUCACUGACUUGCUGGCCCUGCGGAGCAGCUCCUACUGGCUGGUGCGGACGGAGCUUCUGGAGACCGUGGCAGAGAUCGACUUCAGGUUGGUGAGCUUUCUGGAGGCCAAAGCAGAAACGCUGCACAGAGGGGCCCAUCACUACACAGGGCUUUUAAAACUGCAAGAGCGGGUGCUCAAUAAUGUUAUCAUCUAUCUGCUUGGAGAUGAAGACCCCAGGGUGCGGCAUGUUGCUGCCGCUUCGUUGAUGAGGCUCGUCCCAAAGCUGUUUUACAAGUGCGACCAAGGACAGGCUGACCCCGUGGUGGCCGUGGCGAGAGACCAGAGCAGCGUGUACCUGACGCUUCUCAUGCACGAGACGCAGCCUCCGUCCCACUUCUCCGUCAGCACCGUAACCAGAAUUUAUAGAGGCUAUAACCUGCUACCAAGCAUCACAGAUGUCACUCUGGAAAAUAACCUCUCGAGAGUCAUUGCAGCUGUUUCUCAUGAACUGAUCACAUCGACCACUAGAGCGCUCACAUUUGGAUGCUGCGAAGCUCUGUGUCUACUUUCAACUGCCUUCCCAGUUUGCAUUUGGAGUUUAGGUUGGCACUGCGGAGUGCCCCCGCUGAGCGCCUCAGACGAGUCCAGGAAGAGCUGCACCGUGGGGAUGGUCACGAUGAUCCUGACCCUGCUGUCCUCAGCCUGGUUCCCACUGGAUCUCUCUGCCCACCAGGAUGCUCUGAUUUUAGCCGGGAACUUGCUGGCAGCCAGUGCCCCCAGGUCUCUGAGGACUUCGUGGACCUCUGAAGACGAGGCCAGCACGGCAGCCACCAAACAGGAGGAGGUGUGGCCAGCCCUGGGUGACCGGACCCUGGUGCCCAUGGUGGAGCAGCUCUUCUCCCACCUGCUGAAGGUCAUCAACAUCUGCGCACACGUCCUGGACGAGGUGGCUCCCGGACCCGCAGUGAAGGCAGCCCUGCCGUCUCUCGCAAACCCCCCUUCUCUGAGCCCAAUCCGACGCAAGGGAAAAGAGAAGGAGCCGGGAGAGCAGGCCUCUGUGCCUGUGAGCCCCAAGAAAGGCGGUGAGGCCAGUCCAGCCUCUCGACCACCUGAAACCUCAGGGCCUGUUGCCGCAAACAAGUCCUCGUCACUGGGGAGCUUCUGUCACCUACCUUCUUACCUCAAACUGCAUGACGUCCUGAAAGCCACUCACGCCAACUACAAGGUCACCUUGGAUCUUCAGAGCAGUAGUGAGAAGUUUGGGGGUUUUCUGCGCUCCGCCUUGGACGUUCUGUCUCAGAUUCUGGAGCUGGCGACGCUGCAGGACAUCGGGAAGUGUGUUGAAGAGAUCCUGGGAUACCUGAAGUCUUGCUUCAAUCGAGAGCCGAUGAUGGCGACUGUGUGUGUUCAGCAGUUGCUGAAGACUCUGUUCGGGACAAACCUGGCCUCCCAGUUUGACAGCCUGUCUUCCCACCCCAGCAAGUCGCAGGGCCGAGCGCAGCGCCUCGGCUCCUCCAGCGCACGGCCCGGCUUGUACCACUACUGCUUCAUGGCGCCGUACACCCACUUCACCCAGGCCUUGGCGGACGCCAGCCUGCGGAACGUGGUGCAGGCAGAGCAGGACCAGGACACCUCAGGGUGGUUUGACGUCCUCCAGAAAGUGUCGUCCCAGCUGAAGACAAACCUCACCAGCGUCACAAAGAACCGAGCAGACAAGAAUGCUAUUCAUAAUCACAUUCGCUUAUUCGAGCCUCUUGUUAUAAAAGCUUUAAAGCAGUACACGACCACGACCUCCGUGCAGUUGCAGAAGCAGGUGUUGGACUUGCUGGCACAGCUGGUUCAGCUCCGGGUCAACUACUGCCUUCUGGAUUCAGACCAGGUGUUUAUUGGAUUUGUGCUGAAGCAGUUUGAAUACAUUGAAGUCGGUCAGUUCAGGGAGUCAGAGGCAAUCAUCCCAAACAUCUUUUUCUUCCUGGUAUUACUGUCUUACGAGCGUUACCACUCAAAACAGAUCAUCGGCAUCCCUAAAAUCAUCCAGCUCUGUGACGGCAUCAUGGCCAGCGGGAGGAAGGCGGUGACGCACGCCAUACCCGCCCUGCAGCCCAUCGUCCAUGACCUCUUCGUUUUAAGAGGAACCAAUAAGGCUGAUGCAGGAAAAGAGCUUGAAACCCAGAAAGAGGUGGUGGUGUCCAUGUUACUGAGACUCAUCCAGUACCAUCAGGUGCUGGAGAUGUUCACGCUGGUCCUGCGGCAGUGCCACAAGGAGAGCGAGGACAAGUGGAAGCGGCUGUCUCGGCAGGUGGCCGACGUCAUCCUCCCGAUGCUGGCCAAGCAGCAGAUGCACAUUGAUUCUCACGAAGCCCUUGGAGUGCUGAACACGUUGUUUGAGAUUUUGGCCCCCUCCUCCCUCCGCCCCGUGGACAUGCUUUUACGGAGUAUGUUCGUCACCCCAGACACCCUGGGGUCGGUGAGCGCUGUCCAGCUGUGGGUGUCGGGCAUCCUGGCCAUCUUGCGGGUGCUGAUUUCCCAGUCGACCGAAGACAUUGUUCUGUCCCGCAUCCAGGAGCUCUCCUUCUCCCCACACUUAGUGUCCUGUCCGACAAUCAGUAGGUUAAGAGACGGGGACAGCACUUCAGCACUGGAGGAACACAGUGAAGGGAGACAGACGAAGAACUUGCCAGAAGAAACGUUUGCCAGGUUUCUGCUCCAACUGGUUGGCAUCCUUCUAGAGGACAUUGUUACAAAGCAGCUGAGAGUGGAGAUGAGUGAACAGCAGCACACUUUCUAUUGCCAAGAGCUGGGCACGCUGCUCAUGUGUCUGAUCCACAUCUUCAAGUCUGGGACGUUCCGGAGGAUCACCGCAGCUGCCUCGAGGCUCCUGACGGACGGCGCGGACGGCGGCUUCUACAGCCUGGAGAGCCUGAACGCGUGGGUGCGCUCCAUGAUCCCCACGCACCCAGCACUGGUGCUCCUCUGGUGUCAGAUCCUGCUGCUCGUCAGCCACACCGACUACCGCUGGUGGGCGGAGGUGCAGCAGACCCCCAAACGACGCAGCUUGUCCAGCACGAAGUCACUGAGUCCAGAGAUGUGUGGAGAGGACGAGGAUCCCGACGUGGCUUCCAAGCUGGGGAUGUGCAAUAGAGAAAUCGUGCGAAGAGGCGCCCUUAUUCUCUUCUGUGACUAUGUCUGCCAGAACCUGCAUGAUUCAGAGCACUUAACGUGGCUCAUCGUGAACCACAUUCAAGACCUGAUCAACCUGUCCCACGAGCCUCCCGUGCAGGACUUCAUCAGCGCCAUCCAUCGCAAUUCCGCCGCCAGUGGCCUUUUCAUCCAGGCAAUUCAGUCUCGCUGUGAAAAUCUUUCAACUCCCACCAUGCUGAAGAGAACUCUCCAGUGCCUGGAAGGGAUCCACCUGAGCCAGUCGGGCGCCGUGCUGACGCUGUACGCGGACAAGCUUUUGUGCACGCCGUUCCGUGUGCUGGCUCGCAUGGUCGACACCCUUGCUUGUCGCCGGGUGGAAAUGCUUUUGGCUGCGAAUUUACAGAGCAGCACGGCCCAGCUGCCGGCGGAGGAGCUGAUCCGGAUCCAGGAGCACCUGCAGAGCAGCGGGUUAGCACAGAGACACCAGAGGCUCUACUCCCUGCUGGACAGGCUUCGUCUCGCCACGGCACCAGGGUCGCGUGGCCCCACGCCCCCGGUCACGUCCCAUCCCCUGGAUGGGGACGGGCCCCUGGCACUGGAGGCAGUGAAUCCUGACAAAGACUGGUACGUGCGGCUGGUGAAGUCCCAGUGCUGGACUCGGUCAGACUCUGCCCUGCUGGAAGGCGCAGAGCUGGUGAGCCGGAUCCCCGCGGGUGACCUGGGCGCCUUCAUGAUGCACUCGGAGUUCAACCUGAGCCUGUUGGCUCCGUGCCUGGGCCUGGGCCUGCGUGAGAUCUCAGGGGGCCAGCGGAGCCCCCUUUUUGAAGCAGCUCGCACGGCGACUCUGGACCGCGUGAGCAUUGUGGUCCAGCAGCUUCCCACUGUCCACCAAGCUUUCCAGCCGUUCCUGCCUGUGCAGCCCACCGCCUACUGGAGCAAGCUGGAUGACCUCUUUGGGGACGCUGCGCUGUAUCGGACUCUGGCCGCCCUGGCCCGGGCCCUGGGCCAGUACCUGCUGGUGUUCUCCCGGCUGCCCAGCCACCUGCACCUCCCUCCUGAGAAGGAGAGGGACACCGUGAAGUUUGUGGUCAUGACUCUCGAGGCGCUGUCGUGGCACCUGAUCCACGCGCGGGUCCCGCUGAGCCUGGACCUGCAGGCGGGCCUGGACUGCUGCUGCCUGGCCCUGCAGCUGCCCGGCCUCUGGAGCCUGCUGGCCGCGCCCGACAUGGUGACCCACGCCUGCUCCCUCAUCCACUGUGUGCGGUUCAUCCUGGAGGCCAUUGUGGUGCAGCCUGGGGACCAGCUUCUUAGUCCAGAAAGAAGGACGAGCACCCCCAAGGCUGCCAGAGAGGACGACGUGGAUUCAGACACACAGAACCCUCAGUACAUCGCUGCAGCCUGUGGGAUGGUGGCUGAGAUGGUGGAGUGCCUGCCGUCGGUGUUGGCCUUGGGCCACAAGAGGAACAGCCGCACACCCGCCUUCCUCACCCCGGUGCUCAGGAACAUCAUCGUCAGCUUGGCCCGCUUGCCCCUCGUCAACAGCUACACGCGCGUCCCGCCCCUGGUGUGGAAGCUCGGAUGGUCGCCUAAACCCGGAGGGGAUUUCGGCACAGUGUUCCCUGAGAUCCCCGUGGAGUUCCUCCAGGAGAAGGAGGUCUUCAAAGAGUUCAUCUACCGCAUCAACACACUGGGGUGGACCAGCCGCACCCAGUUUGAGGAGACAUGGGCCACCCUCCUCGGCGUCCUGGUGACCCAGCCACUCGUGAUGGAGCAGGAGGAGAGCCCCCCGGAGGAGGACACGGAGAGGACCCAGAUCCACGUCCUGGCUGUGCAGGCCAUCACCUCCCUGGUGCUGAGUGCGAUGACUGUUCCCGUGGCUGGCAACCCGGCUGUGAGCUGCCUGGAGCAGCAGCCCCGGAACAAGCCCCUGAAAGCCCUUGACACCAGGUUUGGGAGGAAGCUGAGCGUCAUCAGAGGGAUUGUCGAGCAAGAAAUCCAGGCAAUGGUUUCCAGGAGAGAGAACGCCGCCACUCACCACCUGUACCAGGCGUGGGACCCCGUCCCAUCUCUGGCACCGGCCACCACAGGUGCUCUCAUCAGCCAUGACAAGCUCCUGCUGCAGCUCAACCCCGAGCGUGAGCUGGGGGACAUGAGCUACAAGCUUGGCCAGGUGUCCAUCCACUCGGUGUGGCUGGGGAACAGCAUCACGCCCCUGCGAGAGGAGGAGUGGGACGAGGAGGAGGAGGAGGAGGCCGAGGCCCCAGCACCGCCGUCCCCGCCCACGUCUCCGGUCAACUCCAGGAAACACCGGGCUGGAGUCGACAUCCACUCCUGUUCGCAAUUUUUGCUUGAGUUGUACAGUCGCUGGAUCCUGCCGUCGAGUUCCGCCAGGAGGACCCCCGUCAUCCUGAUCAGUGAGGUGGUGCGCUCGCUCCUCGUAGUCUCGGACUUGUUCACGGAGCGCAACCAGUUUGAGAUGAUGUACCUGACGCUGACGGAGCUGCGGAAGGUGCACCCCCAGGAAGACGAGAUCCUUCUCCAGUACCUGGUGCCCGCCACCUGCAAGGCGGCCGCUGUCCUCGGGAUGGACAAGGCCGUGGCGGAACCGGUGAGCCGGCUGCUGGAGAGCGCGCUCAGGAGCAGCCACCUGCCCAGCACGCUGGGCGCCCUGCACGGCGUCCUGUACGUGCUGGAGUGCGACCUCCUGGACGACACCGCCAAGCAGCUCGUCCCUGUCGUCAGCGACUACCUCCUCUCCAACCUCCAGGGCCGAGCCCACUGCGUGAACGUCCACAGCCAGCAGCACGUGCUGGUGAUGUGCGCCACAGCCUUCUACCUGAUCGAGAACUACCCGCUGGACGUGGGGCCCGAGUUCUCGGCCUCCAUCAUACAGCUGUGUGGGGUGAUGCUGUCCGGAAGUGAGGAGGCCACCCCGUCCGUUGUCUACCACUGCGUCCUGAGGGGCCUGGAGCGCCUCCUGCUGUCCGAGCAGCUGUCCCGCCUGGACGCGGAGUCCCUGGUCAAGCUGAGCGUGGACCGGGUGAACGUGCACAGCCCGCACCGCGCCAUGGCGGCCCUGGGUCUCAUGCUCACCUGCAUGUAUACAGGGAAGGAGAAAGUCAGUCCGGGCCGAACGUCCGAGCCCAGCCCCGCCGCCCCCGACAGCGAGUCCGUGAUCGUGGCGAUGGAGCGCGUGUCCGUCCUCUUUGACAGGAUCCGGAAGGGGUUCCCCUGUGAAGCCCGCGUGGUGGCACGUGUCCUCCCCCAGUUCCUGGAUGACUUCUUCCCACCCCAGGACGUCAUGAACAAGGUCAUCGGCGAGUUCCUGUCCAGCCAGCAGCCAUACCCGCAGUUCAUGGCCACUGUCGUGUACCAGGUGUUCCAGACGCUGCACGGCGCGGGGCAGUCGUCCAUGGUGCGCGACUGGGUCAUGCUGUCCCUGUCCAACUUUACACAGCGGAGCCCGGUUGCCAUGGCCAUGUGGAGUCUCUCCUGCUUCUUCGUCAGUGCGUCCACCAGCCCGUGGGUCUCGGCGAUCCUCCCGCACGUCGUGAGCCGGAUGGGCAAGCUGGAGCAGGUGGACGUGAGCCUCUUCUGCCUGGUGGCCGCGGACUUCUACCGACACCAGAUAGAAGAGGAGCUUGACCGCAGGGCCUUCCAGUCUGUGUUCGAGGUGGUCGCUGCGCCCGGAAACCCAUACCACCGCCUGCUGGCGUGUCUGCGGAGCGUCCACAAGGCCGCUGCGUGCUGAGCACCCACGUGGCUGGCGACGAGGUGGCCCCUGGACUGCAAGGCCCGGCCUGUGCCAGGCAGCGGGCGGCACGGGCUUCCCGCCACGUGGUGGCGAGGCUGCACGCAGGGCACGCACAGUAACGUUUGGGGUUGAGCCUGAGCCCUCUCGGGGCAGGAGCUGCUGUGGCGGGCCUCGCGCUGGAGCUGGUGUGGAAGCCAGCCGCCUGGGUGUUGAUGUGCUCCUCUGUCCCGCCCUCGGCCGUCACCAGGUCCCAGCUGCUCCCGCCUGGGGGGCAGGAUUCCUCUGCUCUUGCCGGCGAGCCAUCAGCCCUCUGCUGUCCCACAGGCGGGAGGGGACGCCACGGGCUCUGAGGCGCGGGGUCCUGGGGUGUCUUGGGCUCCUGCAGGGCACGCAUGCCGGGUCUGGCCAGGCGGGGGGGCUGGGAGCGUGACAGCUUGCGCUGUCCUCCCCGUCGUUGUCUUCUCAGGAUUUAAAGUUUAAUUCUAUCAGUAAAGAGAUUAAUUUUAAGGUAACUUUCUAUGCCCGUGUACAGUCUGUGCAUCGCCAGGUCAGCGCUGCAUGUCACGGCCUCCAAGCAGGUGGACGGGGUUUGUCCCCCCACCCCUGCAGGGCUCGCUGUCUGACAGCCCCCUCCACUAACGCCAGGCCCACGCCAUGCUGCUCUCUGUUAUGAGCUCCUGUUUAGCGUUCAGGGCAGCGCUGGCAUCCAGUCAGGAGCCCUUGCCCUGCUGAGGGCGGGGAAGGUGCCGGCCUGGCUGUCCUGGCUGUGGGUGGUCGGCUCUGAGCACAGGCAGCUCUCUGGUGGUGACAGGCAGCUUGUGGGCAGUUAGCCAGCCAGGCCGGCCCCCCGCGCCUGCCCUGACCUGGGCUCUGGCCUGCCCGGGGCUGGCUGGCAGGUGUCGGCGUCCAGGCCCGUGCCCCUCCUGCAUCGUGGGCCCAGCCACUGGCUGGCCGGCAGCCCCAAGGGCAUGGCAGCUUGACGUGUCAGGAGCAGAGCUCGGUAUCCCGGUGGCUGGUCGCGGAAGGCCCCAGCACCGCCUCGCCCAUCUUGGUCCAUCGGCGGGGCCUCCUUCCAGCUCAGGAGAGCGCAGGUCUGUGCCCACAGGGCCAGUGCUGGGCAGGGGGCGCCGGGCACAGCCGCCACUCCCACCCCAGGUCCUGGCCCUGACCCAGCUCUUUUCUGGACCCAGAGCAGCCCUGUCAUCCCACGCCCACGAGGCCUGUCAGUGGAGUGCGCGUGCUGUGGGGCUGGCAGAGCCCUUCCGGGCAGCUCUACAGGGCCCCAGGGCCGCAGGGCCUCUGGUCAGUGGCACGCCACCCAGCUUGGUCAGGACCUCAGGUGCAUCAGGUUGGGUGUCUCCUCGGCAAGUGGGGAUGACCUGCCGCCGUCAUCCAGGGUCUAUAGGGGCAAGAGGCUUGGGUGCACCCUCACGUGUCUGUACAACACACCACCUGUGGCACACACCGCCUGCAGGCCCCCCACCCCCGGAGCCAUGCGUUGGGGGCCAGCCAGGGUCAGAGUGUGCAGGGAGCCCCUCUUCAGACCUGCCCUUGGCACCCAGGCACCCCUCCAGAGGGCCUGGCGGUGUGAGCGGUGGACACGGGUCAGAAGUCAGAGCCAGGGCCUUGAGGGCAGGACUGUGACUCUGUAGGAGAAGUGACAUCCCCGCCCUCCUGCCUCUCGCUUGGGCUCACCCUGGCCUUUGCAGCCACACGCCUGCCGGAGUGACUGUGAACACGGGAAAGCUCUAGAACCGUUGCCCUCACCCCAGGGUCCCUUCGGCAGCUCCGAGGUAGACAUGUCUCAGGCCCGUGUUGUCCGCGCUUAGGUGUUUGCACUUGUUAGAACACUGUGAGUGUGAAGCCAGGGCUGGUCCCCUCCGGAGUCAGAGCGCUGGGCCCAGCUGAGCAGGGGCCCGCCCUGGUUCCCACGUGACCGUCGGUGCGCGACGGGCUGCAGCCAGCUCUGGCUAUUGGUGCCACCCAGAGACGCGCUGACAUGCCCUCCGGGAGCAUGUGAGUGCUCGGGAAGGUCACUCCAUCCGUGGAGGAGUGUACGUGUGUGUGGGCGUGCACCUGUGUCUCCGUCAGGGUCUCUGAGGGCGGCCGGCAGGUCUCUGCAGAAGCCCACCUUUCUCAGACCUGCCCCGUGGGGUUGGCUGCGUGCCUGAGACAUCUGAGGGUGGGAUGGGCUUGCUCAUCAAAGUCCCACUGAGGAGGUGGGCCCCCUCGUCAGCUGUCUGCAGAAGGGACCAACCUGAGUAAAGUCUGUGUCCGGCAGCAGUCACCUUGCCACCCCAGACUGUGUUGAGAGGGUCGUUAGGGGAUGGGGAGGACGGGGUUUGUUUUCCCGCUGGUGACGCAGGGAAGAUUUGAGCGAAACCAGGGUAGUUGGUGGGCAAGGCACUCGUGUGUCGUGCUGUCUGUGUGUCCUGUUGCGGCCCCGCUGAGCUGGGCAGGGGAGGGGGCAUUUCUGGGUGCCCUCCCCGCUGUCCCCUCGCCCUCCUGCAGCACACGCGUCCUCUCGGGAGGUGAGGAUGGCUCUGGGACUCCCCGGGCACCCAGCCCCCCUCGUGGCCGGGCGUCACUGCCGAGCCUGCGGGUGCAGACAGCUCCCCACGCGGGUCAGCGGGGCGGCCCGCGGUCGUCGGGGAGCCCCUCCAGGCCGGGCAGCAGGUGGCUCCUGUGUGGUCCGGCAGAGUGGAUUCGCCCCCUCGCGGCGCCGCGGCCGUCUCUUCCCGGCACACGAGCUUGCUUUGCCUUUUGUCCCCCUCUGCUCUGUGCCCGAAACAGGGUGAUGCUCGGUGAUCCUGCACGCUGGAGUGAUGGUGGGGGUGUGACAACCACCUCGAAGGCCACUGACGCUCCCCAGAGAGCUUGGGGUGGCCUCACCUGGAGGGGGCCGCCCCCCCGCUGCCUGGUGCCACAGGCCUGGGCUCCGCGGGGGAGCUGGGGGGGCGGGGUCAGGCGGGGGUGACCACGGAGGGGACUGUGCGUGUGGCACUCAGUCGUGCCGCCGAAGGAGCCCCCUCCCCCUGAGUGCUUGUGGAGCCCCUGGCCCUGGACGGUCGCUGCAGGCGUCCUGCUGUAUCCGGGUGGCCGCUGGCCUGGAGGACUGUGGCAUCAUGGACCUGCCUUGGUGGGCUGGGCUCUGAGCACGCUCCACGGCUGACCGUCCUUUGGGGGGAUUUGAGCUCACGCUGUCCGCCGCUGCAGUCCCCGCUGUGUGCCCGCAGGGCUGUGAUGGGUGCGUCCCGGAGCCUGGCCCAGGCCUGUCUGUGAGAGGAGAGCGAAGGUCUGACAUGAGGUGUAUAUUUUAAUUUUUUAAACCAUUACAAAUAUUGUACAUAUGAAUUAAAAGGAUAAAAAAGGUGAA